CUUGAGUUCGUAGCCAAGAUCAGCGAAGAUGAUUGCCACAACGGUGUGUUUUUACCUGGUGGUCUUGGCCAUUCUCAUGGCCUUCCUGUCCCCCACCGCAGACGGUUGCUUCAUCCUGCUUGCGUGCCUGUUGAAGUCGCCCAUCUGUCCGUUCAACACCACCUCAUCUAGAGGAUAGAGUGAAUUUCUUUCUUUCCCCUUCCCACGCCCAAUAAAUACGAUUAUGCAUUAAAAAAUAUAUUUACUCAAGCCCAAGA